UGCAGCUUCCUUUUCGAUCAAUCCUUUGAUUACUUCCCAUUCGUACUACAACAUCUGAAGAAGGGGUCAUUCAUACUCAAGAUCAACAUCAACUUCCAAUAUAAUUACAUAAAUACAUAGCCAUCAAUCCCAAUUCAUCUCAAGCACGAUGGUCAAACGGCAAGCUGAGAAACAAUUAACCGAUCGGAAUUGUGACGAUGUCGAACCCGAUGACACGCCAUCCACAGGAGUCCUGAAAACUGCAUCUCUUCAGGCUAUCAGCAAGAGACAGAUACGCGCCCUACCAAAGAAAACUGGUGCAUCAGUAUCCAAGCCUGCUUCGCAAUUUGGGGCUGUCCCACCAUUUCCUGCCAACGGUAAACCUGCCUCGACACUAUUUGGUCAAGCACCUCAAUCGUUCAACCCUACACCCUCUUUCAAUCUAUUUGGCGGCUCAAGUAGUUUUGGGACUACAAAACCCACUGCUUUUGGCACUGCUCCAUCGGCCAUGUCAAACUCACCCAACUCGACUGACCCGUCGAACAAACAGGAAUUGAUCACUUAUUACUCAUCCCUACGCGGUCUGAAUCUAUCCGUCACAAAGGCAUUCGAAGAACUCAUCAAGAAAGACGCGUUCAUGGAUCUCGGUAGCGCCUUCGACCAUGUCAAGCAGAAAUACAAUGAACAUCGUCGUGAGAUUGAGGCCCAACUCGAACGAUCGCAGCCGUCCCAGACCGAUAAAGCAAUCACAUCUGUAACUGCGGAGGCGCCUGUCAAAUCUCCUUUUAAUUUCGCAUCAAAUGAAGCCCCAAAAGUAUCAAGCACUGGACCCACCCUUUCUGCUGGGGGUGAAGCUCGUACUACACCCUCACUGUUCUCCUUCUCACCGAGCAAUGCCCAGAAAUCAUCUGAAGGAAGUUCCAGUGUUGAAAAUCCAACUGUGUCUGCACCCGAGGUACAUCCCUCUUCUGAUGAGGCCGACAAUCUCAGCUUGCCUUCUGCCAACGGUUCAGCAGCUCCAGGUGCAAAGGCUGGCUCCAGGCCGGGCGCGUUUACUAUGGCUGCACCCAUGCGACCGUCGCCCUUGAGAUACGAAAGUCAGACAUCCCCGGCAGAUAGCCCGGCUCCGGAAUCUGCCGAAGAACCCGCGAAGAGUGCUUUCAGUUUAGCCCCGAUCACCCAAGCUUCCAAACCUGAAUCUUCGCUCUCAUCAACUGCGAAUACCGCGGACCAGCAACCAAAUCCAAAGGAGGCAAACACCGAUGACUCCUCAACCGUGCCUCUUCCUCUAUCAGAAAGCAAGAGCAAGACCACUUCUCUGUUUGGGGUCACCGGUCCAUCUGCCGCUGGAACUUCAGCUCCCAGCCCCUUUUUUACAUCGAAACCACUUAGCUAUACUUCCUUAUCGGCACAGAACUCAACGGCCAAACCGUCCAGCAUAGGUUUUAGUUUUGGGAUAGGAGCCGCUGGAAAUGGCAGUGCCUUUGGUGGCUUUGGUUCUCCAAAGAGCGCUCCCGGCCAAGCCACUCCCCCCAAGAACGCAUUCAACCCCGUCGGCUUCUCGUUUGGUAGCAGUCCACCAACCUCCUCUGUCUUUUCAACCCCCAAACCAUCUGAAAACACUUCCACCGAACCCGGAUCGACCAAUAUUAUCUCAACCUCCACUGGGAAUGAGAAGCCUGAUGCGGGCUCGGAGAACUUGGCGGGAGAAGAAGGCUCGGAUGAUCUGGGUACUUCUUCUACGGAAGCCAAAGCCGUCGAUUCAAAGAAGGGAGAAGAGGAUGAAGAAACUCUCUUCGAAACUACCGGCCGUGUUUAUGCUUUGUUGGACAAAAAACAGGAGGACGGGAAGGUCCAAAAGGGUUGGGUCGGAUGGGCUAUUUGCAAUGUCAGGUUGAACCGACAUAAAGAGACUCAACGAUGUCGGAUUUUGGCUAGGAGUCAAGUCAACCAGGGUAUCUUGAUUAACUUCUUUGUCAGGCCGGAUUUGAAGCCGGAAGACCGAGGAAAUUCAUUAGAAGUUUUGGGCUUCAAUCCCGAGGGGAGCCACUUACAGGCGUACAGAGUCCGGCCUGCAUCGGACCAAGUGGUCAAGGACUUUCAUAAAGCGAUCACUGAAGUUGUCGAAUCACUCGCCAAAAGUUGAAAAAAGGAAGAAAGAAGAAGAAGAAGGGAAUUUCUGCUAAGGUAUAAACGUAUAGACCCCUCAGGGAAAACCUGAACCCCAGGUGUUUCUUUUUUUUUUUCCUGACUUUCCUUCUAUUGAUACUGAUACAAAGUGAAAACAAAACACAUCUAUAAUUAGUUGCAUAUGUAGUAGAAAAAAAAAACGAUUUCCAGUGUUCAUUGAAAUGUCUGGAACUCGGACCACCACCAUCCUUGCCUAUCCAUCUUGAUGUAGUCGCCCCCGACCCACUCACCCUCCUGUUCAUAUAAUAACAAUUGCUUUCCUUGUUUCUUUUUUUUUAUAUAUGGUAGACAGCACGAUAAUAAAAAAAACAAGGGUCAACUGCCUGGCCGCGUG